UUUUGCUCUCAGUAGCCAAAUUUUAACCUCAAAAACGAACGUCAAAAGCUAUGACUGCGCUAAGGCCGCAGUGUAGAGUUUGUUCGCAUUUGGAAAUGCAGUUCUAAAGCUGUAAAUUUAGCGAAAAAAAAUUAAUUAACGUUUAGAAUGUAAAAUACUAAAAAAGAAUGGAGCUGCAUUCUUAUGCCAAACGGAGGGUGCCACAUAAAAAAUGGACAAUUGAGCACAAGCGGCGACUUGUUGAGGCGCGAAUCAAAUACGAUCCGCUUUUUUACAAUAAGACAUCAACAUCUCCGAUGCCAUGGAGAAGAAUUUUAACACUGGCAAGAUUAGAAGAUUUUAAUGCGAAUUUCGUACGUAUGCAAUGGUCGAGUGUGCUUGCAAAAUAUCGAAUGUACAAGCAAAACCGACUCGAUAACUUGGACUCAAAAGAUCUCUACGAUGAAGUACAAUAUUUAAUCUCACAGGAGUGGGAAUUCUUUCAACCCAUACAUCGUUUUAUGGAAGCAAAAAAUACUAAUUUACACUCAUACGCAUCAACAAGACAACCACCACCACCGCUAAAUGAAGAUCCAAAUGAUAUGACAGACACAGCUAGCGAAGAUGCCUGUACAAAUAUCGCGCAAGAAGUAUAUUUAUGCGGUGCAACUGCAGACGAGAAUGAUAAGAGGUUUGGUUUAACAAACCCUAAUGACAGUAAUAAUAUUGUCUAUAUAAAGCAAGAGUUUGUUGAGGGAGAAGUGGAAGUUGAAACUGCACCACUUCCCUCCACCUCAACGGCAGCAAAACCUGAUACAACAAAAAAGCGUAAGCAAAAUUCGAAUUUAAGUGAGCGUGAAAGGUAUUAUCGUCACAAGCGACAUUUCAAUCGUAGACUGGAACGUCGGUUUGAUGCUUUGUUAAAUGUUUUCGGGCAAAUAGUUAAGGCUGAAUAUCCAAGCUUAGAUGUAACACCACUUGCUGGCAUGGUAUCUACAGGUGCCACAAUGGUAACCAAAUUAUUUAGUAGUUGCAGCAGUAGCAGCGAAAGUGAGGAGGAUGAAGGUAGACAUGUAGCACAAGAAAGUGGACAAAUUUAAAUAAAUUCUCAGAGCUAAACAGUAGCGGCAAAACACCAAAGUUAACACUGUACGCUGCGUCCAUUAUUUAUUUAUAU